GUUGUUGAUAGCGGUGAUGGUGUAACUCAUUGCAUACCGGUUGCCGAAGGAUACGUGAUUGGUUCCUGUAUCAAGCAUAUACCAAUUGCUGGACGUGAUAUCACUUAUUUCAUACAGCAAUUGUUGCGGGAGCGUGAACAUUCCUUCGCAAAUCCCGAUUUCACAGUACCAAUAUCGGAGCUAGUGGAUACGGUGAUUCAGCAGUGCCCGAUCGAUGUGCGGCGUGGUCUCUAUGAAAAUAUUGUUCUUUCCGGUGGUUCGACAAUGUUCAAAGAUUUUGCACGCCGUAUGCAACGCGACAUCAAGCGAAUUUCGAAUGCUCGUCUAGCGAUGAGUGAAGAAUUAUCGAGUGGACAGUUAACGCCAAAGCCGAUCAACGUGCAAGUUGUUUCGCACAAGAUGCAACGAUAUGCAGUAUGGUUCGGUGGCAGUGUACUCGCCGAUACGCCGGAAUUCUAUGAAGCUGCGCAUACGAAAGCGGAAUACAUGGAGAAGGGACCAAGCAUUUGUCGCUACAAUCCGGUAUUUGGUGCUCUUACCUAA